AUGGAAGACAAAGGGACAAUAAUAGCAAGUGUGGUGGCACAUAUAGACCACGGCAAGACAUCCCUAAUAGAUAGUCUUGUUGCAUCACAAGGGAGAAUAUCAAGGACACUUGCAGGGUCGGUUAGGUUCCUUGAUACAAGAGAAGAUGAGCAAACCAGAGGAAUAACACUCAAGCUGAGUGCAAUCUCCCUGGAGCACAACGGGUAUGGUUAUGUGUUCAUCGACACACCAGGCCAUGUUGACUUUGAAUCUCUGAUCCAGUCAAGCUCCAUAUUUUCAGAUAACUUCCUUAUUCUUGUGGAUGUCAACGAGGGAAUAACUCCGAGGACUUACUCACUUGUGAAGUACACAAAGGGGAAGAGGUGUGUCCUUGCCUUAAAUAAGAUAGACAAGAUAUCCUCUCCCCAGGAGCUUCUGCAGAAGAUACUUUUGGUGGUAUCGUCAAUAAACGGGCUUGCCGAGGAAGAUCUUUUUGAGUGGGAGGCCAACAACGUUAUAUUAUGCUGUGCAACACUCUGCUACGGAAUCAACAGAAGGGUGUUCCAGAGGAUUAUUGGGAAGGACGGAACCUUGAAAAAUGCAAUAGACCUCUUAUUUCAUAUAUACAAGAAAAUAGAAGAGAAAGAUGUCGACAAGAUAUGUGAAAGGUUUAGGGUGGCAAUCAGAAGCAGGAAGAACAUUCUUUCGGCAAUGUUUUCCCUUUCUGAUUGUGUGUUUGAUUCCAUAUCCUGGGAUACUAAAGAUCAUUUAAAGAUGUUUCUUGAAUCCGAUUUAAUAAACCUGAAUCCAAUACCAUCGGCCAGAGCGCCUUCCCUGGUAGGUGUUACCGUCUAUGGUAUUCUCAAGACACCUCGGGUAUAUACUCGGGCCUCUGUGCUUUUUGUUACAAGAUUGUUCUGUGGGACUGUGAGAGUGGGAGACACUGUAUAUUCUGCAGAUGGAAUGAAUGUCUCUGAAUGCAUUGUGGAGAGCCUAUAUCUGUUUGGAAUAAAUGAACUAAUUGAGAAGAACGAGGUGUCUGGAUCGAACCUUGUUUGCAUGGGAGGGAAUUUCCUGAAGAACUCGUUGAUAACCGAUGUUCCCGUGUACAAGAUGAAUAUUCAGAGCAAAAUAACACCUUUCUAUAAGUUUAAACUUGCUCUAGAUGACAUUGGGAGGCUUGAUGAAUUGAAGGAGGUAUUUAGGGUGAUGUCGUGCACAGAGCAAUUUCUAAAAGUAAGGCUCAACAAGUACAAAGAAAUGGAGGUUUCGUGUACAGGAAGGGUCCAGUCAGAAAAGAUAAUCACAGAUCUUAUAGAUUCUGGCUUUGAGUUUACUGUUUCAGACCUUGAAGAAAAGUUCUGUGAAUAUGCUAUGAAGCCUGCAAGCCAGACCUUUGCUUUGGAAAGCCUCAGCUUGAAUGUUUUGAUCUGUAGAGCAUAUGAGGGUGAAGAAAAUACUAACACUUGUUUCAGAAAGUGGGAGGAUAAGGACAGAAACCAAUUUGUUCUUGUAUCUGACUUGUGUUUUGAGACGGUUGCCAAUGUUCUAGGGAUGUUUGUCUCCGGUGGGCCGUUGAUAAGGGAGAAGAUAUGUGAAACGAGGUUUAUUCUGGAUUUGAAAGGGGAUGCCAGCGCAAUAGAGCCAGACACUUUAUACUCUUUUCUAAAGAACUCGCUUGCUUCUGUAUAUCUUUCCUCCAACCCGUCCAUUGCACCGAUAUUUUACGAGUGCAGUAUCUCCAUACAAGAGAUGUUUAUAGGAGAGGCGUACAAAAGCCUUUCAAAGCACAGCUAUGCAGUAGUCCAAGAAAGCUAUGAGGAGAAGACAGGGUUCUAUGUCCUUACAGUACUAAUCCCCCAGUUUUUGUACUCAAACUUUCUUGAGGAGAUAAGAGUAAGGACAAAAGGAACAGCAUAUCUUCUGGUGAAGGAUGUAGGAUACAGGUUUGUAUUAGACUUCAACAGGUACAUAGAGGGAAUAAGGAAGAAGAAAGGGUUGUUUAUUGAAGAAAAGAUAGUCGAAAGCCCAUCAAAGCAGAGGACAUAUAAAAAGUAG